UCGGGUUUGUAGGAACUCUGGUCUUUGUUUUAUUUCAUUUCUCCUCACACAAAGAAACGCUUCUCCGUCUUAACCAUACACAUUUAUCGAUUUUCUCUCUCCCACCUGUCUCUGGCGAGAAAUCUCGCCAUCUCGCCGGAGUAUUCACAUUUUCUUCGCCGGAAACUCAUUGAUCCGACCGAAUAAUUUGCCGGCUGAAGCAGCGAGAGAAAAUUUGAAUGAUACGGAGAGAAUAUAUUAUAUAUAGGCAUUGAAUAAUAAAGAAAUAAAGAGAGAGGGAGAAGUAAAGAAAGGACGAGGAAGAGGAGGAGGAGGAGGAGAAGGCGGUGGUUAACGUAGAAUGCAGGGUAAAGAGAAGAAUCAAGUUAAGUUAGGGUUUGGAGGAUCUUACAAGGCACAAAUGCCAAGAUGAUAUCGUAUCGGUAGCUUCCGCAUUCAAUUUUCCUUGCCUUAUGCCCUAAUUUAUUCCCACUCUCUUCUCUGUUUAAAUUCCCCCCUCUCUACUCUUCUUCUUCUGCUUCUCAUCGCUCUCACCUCUAUUUUUCUUUUAAUAUUUAAUAAAUUCAAGAUUUUGCAUUGCUGAAGGCUGGAUAUAAAUUGAUAAAGGUGUGCCGGCCAUUGGAAGCAAUUACUCUGAAUAAUAUUAUACUUUUCUUGCGGUUUAUAGUUUAUAUCAAAUGAUUAUGCCUUCUGAAACAAUGGAUUUCUUCUCUACCGAUUCAACUUUUCCUAGUGAGAGGCAAGUUGGAUUCUGGAAGUCAGACGGCAUGUCUGAUCAUUAUGCUGCUGGGAAAUCUGUUGCUAUGUCACCCCUGGAAAAUCUUGGAGCUGUUGAAUGUCAGUCAGCAAAGUCAUUUGAACUGCACCACCCUUACUUAAUGCACGAUCAAAAAUUGAAUCAUAGCUUAGGGAGGUUUGUUGUUGGAACAGAGAGUGCAGUGAGUCAGUCAUCAACUUUUCUGAGACCAGUGGUUCAGGACCCGGGGACUAGAUCCAGUUUGAAUGGACGGCCAGCAUCUUAUCAUUCUGAAGGUGUCAAAACUGGCAUGAUUGCUACUCCGUAUGAGAAUAGUCUCUUUUCAAGCUCAUUAGUUGAAUUAUUCAGUAGAAAGAUGAGAUUUGCCUCAAAUAAUAUUCUAUAUGGACACUCUGUUGAUACCGUCGCCUCCCAUUUUGAGGAAGAGGAGCCUUUCGAAUCUCUUGAAGAAAUUGAGGCUCAAACCAUCGGGAAUCUUCUCCCCACUGAUGAAGACUUGUUUAGUGGGAUGACUGAUAAAUUGGACACUAUUAUCAAAUCCAGUGGUAAAGAUGAUGUGGAAGAUAUAGACUUUUUUAGUAGUGUUGGUGGACUUGAUUUAGGAGAGGACGGAGGAGUUUCUAAUGGUCAGCUAGGAUACUCUAAUGGAUCAAUAGCCGGAGAACAUCCCUUUGGCGAACAACCAUCUAGGACACUUUUUGUGAGAAACAUAAAUAGCAACGUUGAAGAGUCCGAGUUGAGAGCCCUGUUUGAGCAAUAUGGAGACAUCCGCACUCUUUAUACAUCUUGCAAGCAUCGUGGUUUUGUUAUGAUAUCCUAUUAUGAUAUUAGAGCUGCAAGCAACGCAAAGGAACAACUCCAGGAUACUCCUUUGAGGCGUCGGAAACUUGACAUUCAUUAUUCAAUCCCAAAAGACAAUCCCUCAGAAAAAGAUAUCAGUCAGGGGACUCUGGUUGCUUUAAAUCUUGACGCUUCCAUUUCAAACAAUGAACUUCAUCGAAUUUUUAGUGUUUUUGGAGAUAUUAAGGAGAUUCGCGAGACCUCAAACAGAAGUCAUCAGAAAUUCAUCGAAUUUUAUGAUGUUAGAGCUGCAGAGGAGGCUCUUCGUGCAUCAAACAGGAGUGAUAUUACAGGGAAGCGGAUCAAACUUGAGCCAUGCCGUCCUGGGGAUUCAAGACGUUUGUUACAACAGAUUUCUCCCAAGUUGGAACAAGAUGAUUGUGGCUCUUAUAUGAAGCAGAGUAGCCCUCCCAAUAAUUUUACUGCUGGGUUCCCUGGAACAGUUUCACAUAGCCCAAUUAUUUCCAAUGGCAUGGAUAGUGGACCUAAACUGGGAUUACCCUCUCCUACGCAAGCCCGAUAUAUGGAAUCUGCAUUUCAUCAUGGAAUUUCACCUAGGUUUCCUAACAGCUUGUCCUCUCUCUUGAGAACUGAAUCCGCUGGCAUUGCUGAGCCUGGUCAUGCAAGGAAUCAAUUAAAAUACGAUGCUCAAGUCUCACCAAAUUUUCAUCCUCAUUCACUUCCAGAAUAUUGCGAUGGUUUAAAGAGUGUUAUUUGCUGUGGUUCUCCUGGAAGCAUGGCUUUAAAUAUGAGUACAAAUCCACAUGAAAGAAAUGAUAGCAGGCAGUUACAAAGAAUUAGCUCUAAUGGGAACUCGAUUGAAUUCAAUGAUGGAGGUUUCGGAUGUGCUGUUAAUGGAAGCUCUUCUCUGCCUGGACAUCAGUAUUCAUGGGGUAACUCUUAUCACCUGAAGUCCCCUGGCAAUAUGUGUCCAAAAUCACCAGCGUUUGUUAAUGGAGUUUCCAUGGGUCAUCCCUCACCACGGCCACAUGGACCUCCUAGAGCACCACCUCCUGCUCUAAAUUGUGUCAUACCUGUAACUAACCACCAUGUGGGAUCAGCCCCGACUAGCAAUCGUUCUCUUUGGGAAAGGCGACGUGCUUAUGGAGGGGAAUCACCUGAGACUGGCUUUCAUCCAGGUUCUCUUGGGAGCUUGAGAAUUUCUGAUAAUUCAGUGCACCCUAUAGAACUUAUCUCUCCUAACAUGUUCUCUCCUAACAUGUUUCCUCGUUUUGCUGGAAACUAUAUGGAUUUGUCAACUCCACCUAAAAAUGUGGGACUCCCACCUCACCACCAAAGAUCUCCGGUUUUUCCAGGCCGGAACCAAAUGAGUCCUAUGGCUAAUUCAUAUGAUUCUCCAAAUGAACGUGCUAGGAGCCGCAGAAAUGAAGGGAGUAUUAAUCAGGCUGACAAGAAACAGUAUGAACUUGAUUUAGAUUCCAUACGCCAAGGAGAAGACAACCGAACAACUCUUAUGAUAAAGAAUAUUCCUAACAAGUAUACUUCGAAGAUGCUCUUGGCCGCAAUUGAUGAACACCAUAAAGGAACCUAUGAUUUUAUUUAUCUUCCAAUUGAUUUUAAGAAUAAAUGCAAUGUGGGUUACGCAUUCAUCAAUAUGACUGAACCAAUCCAGAUAGUUCCGUUCUAUCAGGCGUUUAAUGGAAAGAAAUGGGAUAAGUUCAAUAGCGAGAAGGUAGCAUCACUUGCAUAUGCCCGCAUACAAGGAAAAGCUUCUCUUAUUGCACACUUUCAGAAUUCAAGCUUGAUGAAUGAGGAUAAGCGAUGCCGGCCCAUUCUCUUCACCACCGAUGGUCCAAAUGCUGGUGAUCAGGUGCCCUUUCCAAUGGGGGUUAAUGUCCGGACUAGACCUGGAAAAUCUAAAUCCAUCAGCCAAGAGGAAAUGUAUUCAUAUAUGGCAAAUAAAGAGGAUUCUUUGAGUGGCUAUGCUUCUUCAGGUACAGAAAAGGAGUCUGACUAACAUUUUUUCACUUAAGUUAGGUGAAACCACGAAUAACCAAAUUAAUAGUGACCAUCUGAUAUCUUUGGGCUUUCUUCAAGCUGGGAAACUGUAAAAGAGGCAUCAAAUGAAGCUUCAAAAUUUUGGGUAUUCUUGAAAGUAAUAUAAUGUUAUUUAAUAGAUAGCAGGAGUUUCUGAGCUGGAGGGGUUUUUAACUCGGGUUCUGGAGACUACCUUCUUCUAACACAUCUUUGUUUUUUCUAUUUAUUAUUUUCUUGUUGGGGGGCCAUAUGUAUUUGCUGAGAUGUACAAGCCACUACCAGCUUCUGUGUAUCAUUGUUCCUUCUUGAGAAAGCAGUGAAUUUAUUUUUCUAUUUUA